UAUUGCCAUAAACUUAUAGGCAGUUAUUUGUUUACAGCUGAGGCUGUGGCAGGAUCAGCAGCAUGGCUUGGCAGAGGAUUAUCUUGCGUAUGCGCACAGAGAAGAGAUAGUGAUGCCCGUCUCUCUGUUGAUUUAACUCCAUUGCAGGAGGAAUGUUUGCAGAGGCUACAGAGCCGUAUAGAUGUUCCGUAUGAUAGCUCCAUCCUUGAGCACCAGGAGUCUCUAAGGGCGCUAUGGAAUAUUGCCUUUCCUGAAGAAGAACUUCAUGGCUUAAUAUCCGAGCAGUGGAAAGAAAUGGGUUGGCAAGGAAAGGAUCCGUCAACAGACUUUAGGGGCGGUGGGUAUAUAUCUUUGGAGAAUUUGCUAUAUUUUGGCAGGAAUUUCCCAAAAUCCUUCCAAGACCUUUUAUGGAAGCAGGAAGGAGACCGAUCAGCAUGGGAGUACCCAUUUGCUGUUGCUGGUGUUAACAUCACCUUUAUGCUUAUCCAAAUGCUUGAUCUUGAAGCAGUCAAGCCACGGACAAUGGUGGGAGCAACUUUCCUAAGACUUCUUGCAGAGAAUGAAUGGGCUUUUGAUCUACUCUAUUGCAUAACUUUUAAGCUGAUGGAUCUUCAAUGGCUUACCAUGCGAGCAUCAUACAUGGAUUUUAAUAGAGUGAUGAAAGCGACACGUCAUCAGCUGGAGAAAGAGCUUCUCCUUGAAGAUAUUACACGGCUAGAGGAUUUGCCUUCAUACAAACUUCUUACACGAUAGAGAGAUAUCAGUUCGUAGUCUGAGUGUACUAGGUUAGUUGAAAAGGUUUUUGUAAAUGAUCUUAUAUGCCAUUUCUGCCAAUUGAGGAUUGAAACUUGUAUCUCAGAGGCCAGCUAGACUUGGUUUGGAUAGAAUGAAAAGUAAGAUAAUAGAGAGGAGAAAAAACUAGGAGAAAAUUUUUCUCUUCUAGUUUUCCUUAUUCGUAUUUUUCUCUCAAUCCAAACCAAGAGAAAGUGUGAUGUCCUCAAGAUUUUAGAUGCGGCAUAGAGAUUUCAAGGGUGAAAUGCAAUUGUUGAUGACAAAAUUGAGGUUGUUGGUCUUUGCUAAUCCAUGGAUUCUCAUGAAGUUGAUCUUCGUAUUGAUCUCAGCCAAACAUAACCUGGGUUCGCUAUGUGGGUUUGCUUUAUCAAAAUGGAAAUAAAGUCUAGUUUGUUUAUAUGCUUGAUUAUUGAGCAUAUUUUCCCUUUAUAAUA